CACAAAGUGUUUAUUAAAUUUUCUGACUACAGUCUACACACACUACACACAGCAGAUAACGCUACUUCGCGUAUUCACGGUCCACCAGGAUUGUUACUAUAUUAGAGCGUCAAUACAAUACACGGACUGGUUAAACAAAUCUCCACGACCUUCACCUUUCACCUUUGACAUCAAGUAUGGCCGUCAUCUAAAGAGAGAGCUAUUCUAAUUAUUUGAUCAACAAGGACGUCGUGUUCGCUUGUUUCUCGAAAGUAAAAUGACUUGAAUUUCUACAGAAGAGGGGAAAGGAAUUGGGUAAAAUGAACGGCGAAAUGUCUAGGCAUAUUGUGGAGGAUUACGUUAGCUAUAGACUGAGUAAAAAUGGUUAUCGCUGGAUUAAUGGACCCGUGAUCGAGGGUGGUCCGAGCAAAAUAUGUUCAACUAUGAGAAGCCUUGGAGAUGAAUUUGAAGAUCGUUAUAGAAAUCAAUUUGAUGACAUGGUGAACCAACUAGAUAUUACUCCUGAUAUUGCUUAUCAAACGUUUAAAGCUGUUGUCAAUGAAUUAUUUAUCGAUGGCGUCAACUGGGGUAGGAUUGUGGCUUUGUUUGCAUUCGGUGGCUCUAUUUGUGUCCAGUGUGUUGAAAAAAAUAUGCCGCGCGUAGUGGACAAUAUCGUAGACUGGGUAGCAACAUAUUGUGAUAAUGAUUUGCGACAAUGGAUUAAUAGCCAUAAUUCAUGGCAAGGGUUUGUCGCCUUUUAUGAAAAGGAGCCGGCUAGAAGGAAUGAAAAUCCAUGGUCAUCGUUUCGGAAAAUAUGCGGGUAUGCUGCAGGAGCACUCGGUGUAUUAACAUUGGGAGCCAUUUUAACCCAGAAAUCGUGAAAAUGGUGCUCUAGUUACCAAAGAUUCCGGGGACCAGUAAAAUAGAGGAUUAUCUUCUACAAUGUCCAGAAAAGUAUUUUUUUCUGUCUAAGAUGUAAUUUUAACGAGGUGUGUUUGAAAUAACAGGAAUACAACUUUAUAGUUUUCAAGGUUGUUUUAUUGCACCCAGUGAUAUCUGUCUUCAAGUUUAAUCCACUUUCCUUUUCUAAAUAUUUAUUUAUAAAAUAAAUGUAUUAAAUAGCCUGGUAUUAUUUCGUCUGUGUAUAACUAUUUAAGUUUUAAGAUAUAUAGUUGAAAGACCGAGCGAAUAUCAUCAAUCAUUUAUUUGAUUUAAGUUGAUCUGUUAGUUUUUAAGUAUACCGGCUAGUGUGGGUGUGUGUUCAUUAAUUCAUUACAAGAUGAAAAAGAGUGAUUUAUCUCUUCAGUGAUCUGUAUUGGGUGAAAUAUGUCAGAUCAACCUGACUUAACUGUGUGCUUAUUUAUUCUGUUAUUCUUUACAUGGAAAGUGUCUAGAUAUUGUAAUUCCUUCUAUCGUGAGUCAUUUGUUACUGUUUUAAUGUUGAUAUAUCCUUGUAUAUUGUUAUAGCGCACAGUGAUAAUCGUGUUACUCCACUUUCCCUUUUAAAAUGCGUAAUUAUAAAACCUAUUUAAUAGUCUGGAAUUAUUGCAAUUAUCCCCGCCUUUAGGGGAAAGCAGGGGACUACGACCCGCCUGUCUGUCUGUUAAACCUUUUGGGGCACAAUACCCCGGGUUCUAAUUGAGAUAGAUUGUUCAAACUUGGUGUAAAUGGUUUUUUUUAGUUGAAUGUAUUACGUGGUGUCGAUGAUAAGCAUGUUUUGCUAGAGCUAAACAGAUAUAUGAAAUCUGAUUUGUCGGUUUUUGGUAUCUAGCUUCUUUACAUCAGUACUUUGAAUAAAUUCGAUACUGAACAUUUUCUGACAAGGUUAAGCAUGUUGAUAUUUAAUUUGAUUGUUGGAGACUUUACAACAGGAUGACUUUAAGAUUAAUUAAGUGUGAAACUUGUAUAUUUUUAUUUUACCAAUGCCUUGCCUACUUUCGAUGAUACGGAUGUUUUGUUUAGGCUAAACAGAGAUCGCAAAUUUGGUUGACCAAGAUUUGGAACACAUUAACCCUGCUGGUAAAAUGUUCAUUAGAUAAAGUUCCGAUUGAGUUAGAAUGAUGGAACUCGGUGUAUAGUUUCAUUAUACCAAAUUCCUUGACUUAUUUUAACAAUGAGUGAUAAGUAAUUUGAUUGUGAGAUGCUUUGUGGAUAGAUAUGUAAGUACUUCUAUUUAUUUUGAGAUUUAGGUGGGGUAGACCAGCGUUACUGAUGGCUUGUUUAAUUUUUAAGAGAAAUCUAUGAAAAGACCAGCGAAUAUCAUUGAUUUCACAGUUUGAUUUAAUCAGGUUUUAACUGUGCUAGCUUAUCAGAUCAAUAAUUUGUAAUAGAAGUAUUGAAAUGGAUCAGUUCACGUCGACCUGACUUAUCUGUGUAUAUAUCCAUACUAUGGUGCAUAAUAAAUUCCCAUUGUAUUACCUCUGUCAGUCAUUUGUUAUUACCUUGAUGUUUGAUAUAACCGGGUUUAUUGUUAUGGCAGGAGGGUUGGGUGGCUGAAUGGUUAGCGUGCGCGCGCUGUAUCAUAAAGUAUGUCAUUGAGUCGACUGGCGUGGUUUCGAAUCUCCGGUUGUACGUGACAAGGAGUAGGGUCGCCUGUCCAACCUCGUGGGUUUUCUCCGGGUCCUCCGGUUUCCUCCCACUGCUAAAGACCUCUAUGCGCAAGCGAAUUGUUGAAAUAAAAUUAAACCACAUGUUAGUCCCGAAAUGACCUAGUUGUGUCGAGUGUACGUUAAACCCCAUUUCUCUCUCUCUCUUAUUGUUAUGGCAACCCGGAAAGACAUAAAAUUAAAUGCCAGACAUCCUUGUGCUAAAACAGAUGAGUAUAUUGACCUAUACUAACUUUAAAAUAAAGCUGCCAGUUUUAGCCAGUUCUAUUCUAGAAAACAAAACAGUCGUAGCUUAGAUUUAGAGUAUUCGAAUCGAAGCUUCUUACAACUCGUUUACGUUUUAAAAAAAGGGAGGGCGAUAUAGAACUGGAUAUAGAUUCAGGAUUUAACCAAACAGAACAUGUUUCAGUUGAAACUUUGGCAGCCGGGCCAUUUUGUCAUACUAAUUGAAUCACCAAGCAAAUUCCUUUGCUGGACAUUACGUCAUUUUGACAUACGUGGCAUAUUUUAUGACGACAUACGUCUAUAUAUAAUAUAGUAUAUUAUUUUACAUAUCAUUAUCAUUGCGUUAUAUAUAUAUAUAUAAUUUAAUAGAAAUUAAUAUGUUUAGAUGUACAUUUCAUUAAUUUUUUUGUUGUUGAGUAAUGGUUAAAGAAUGAAGGGUUGUUGCCGAAUAUUUUUGAAAAACUAUAGUAAUUCAUAGUUUUAAAUCAUAGAUCACUGUUUUUAGUAUUUUGAUAAAUACAGUACAGGCUUAAUUUUGGCCAUAGUAUGUUUACUACCAAUAUAUACACAAUAUAUGAAACGAACACUGUUUAAAUAGAUAAUUUAGGGUACUUUGAUUUAGUAUUUACAAACUUUUUACUUUAUCUCUGGAGAUCCACCAGUUGGCGGACACCACAUUUAUGUAGUCACUAAAGCCCCCGCUUUAAACCUACCCGGAUUCUGCGGUAUUUAUUUAUUUGCCAUUUCGGUCACCUUUCCAGAAAUACGAAACUUCGGCAAACUCCUGCAAGUGAUUGUUAAAUAUUGAGUUAUUUGUUAAUUAGGAGUGAUUUGUUGUAAAAUUUGUGUAUUAAUAUUAAUUGUUUGCUAGGCUGAUAUACAUUUAUUAUUGUUUGUACAUUUGUAUAUUUUGUAUAGUAUUUUAUUAUAUUAUUAUAAACUAGGUAGGCAAAACAUAUACCAAUUUGAGAAAUAUGCAAAGUCUACGUACAUACAACCCAUCUUUUUGGCUAAUGUUAAUUUGUUAUAGACGUUGAAUGCUAGACAACCAUCUUCAGCCAAGGUCAACAAAAAGGGCACUUUUUAAACAGUUGAUUUAAAGGAAUAAUUACUCGGAUGUAUAUACAUAGAUUCCUCAAAAUGGUAUAGUUGUCCUUUAACUAACUUAAUCCUACUGUCUCGCCAGCUACUAUUUAUUAUCAGGGGUCUGUAGUCAGACAAAUCCUUGCUUUAUGAUCAUCGUAAGUUUAAGGUCCAGCCUUAUGAUUCGAUAUCAUGGAACCAAUACUUUUCUGGCAACAGGCCCUCUUUUUAUUAUAUUCAGAUUGUAAAUAUUACAAAAUCCUUGUUAAUUUAUACACGCUUUAUACACCCCAUGUUAAACAAAAGCAGCUUUAGGUCUAGUCUUUCUGUAUAGCAAUUUAUUUACAUUCAAGACGAAAUUCGGUCUAAAAAUGCGUUUAAAAAAUAUCUGAUGUUGUGAAUGAUUGAAACAUAUAAUAUAUUUUACGAAAUAGUCGAACUGUGCUUUAAGUAUGCUCCAUGAGGUGGUUUUUGUUUGUACAAAUCAGGCAACAACAGAAAGUUGUUUUCGUUUGGUUGUAAUUUUACAGUGCCCGGGAGUAAACCUGAUGACGUCACGGUAGGAGUCCCAAUUUGUUAAUUGUAUUUCCGGUUGGACCUAUGAGACUAGCUGAUAAUUUAUAAGGUAUGAAGAACCUGCAUUUGCGGGUUAUUUAAGAAUAAAGAUUGUAUCUGUAUUAUGUUAAAAUAUUUAUGCUUUCACAAACUUAAUCCUUAUGCAUACAUGUACACCAAACUGUUACCAUGUAAUCCUUAGUGAUAAAAUGAACUUUGUAGCUCCUUCAACCAAAUUUUAAAAUAUUUAUGUUGUUGAUAAGAUAAAUAAUAAUGAUUUGAAAUUAACACUUCCACUAUUCGAAUCUUAUUCACAACGCCAACUGUAACGCGGUUCUGUUUAAAGGUGAACUCUAGUCGUUGCCAUAUAUUUGCAUUUUGUUCAUUAUCCAGAUAUUUUUAGAAAUGCACAACAAAUUAAGAUAUGAGUGUGGAAACUUAUGAGGGAAACUGUCAGCCUGUUUUUCGUUUCGACGACUUGCUUAUUCCUUUGUGACACAUUCGUAUUUACAGUGCACAGAUAGUAGCCAUUAUAACGCGUGAUGUGGGUUUUGUUUACAAACAGACACUGGCAGUUACCUUUAUAUUCUCUCAGUCUUGUUUAAAUUAACACCACGGCUGGUAUUUUAAAGUCAAUUUGGCAUUGUGUGUUUUUCAAUAUUAGGCAAUAUACAUUUUAAUGGCUGCAGUUCCACUUUAAUCACUUUCCCAUUGACAGUGUACCUAAUUAUGGAAGAUAUUCUUACAAAGUGUUAAUUUUUAAACUAUUGUCUUACAUUGUUCUGUUGUAAAUCACUAGUGCGAUCAUUUAGUAACUAUUUGCACUAAUAUUGUUUUUAGCUAUAGGUUUCCUUGAAAUAAACUUGAAAAUUGUUA